CUAUUAUAUCAUCUCUAUAACCAUUUUCAAAGAUAUAAUGUUGAUUUCAUUGAAGGAGAUCUCCUCUACUGGGAUCGUCUCGGUUACGUGUACUUCAAGGACCGCACUGGUGACACAUUCCGAUGGAAAGGAGAGAACGUAAGCACAACCGAAGUGGAGGCUAUACUGCAUCCAGAGAAAGGCGUCGCUGAUGCCACUGUAUACGGAGUGACCGUGCCAGGACGAGAAGGUCGAGCUGGUAUGGCAGCGGUCGUUCGAAACCAUGACGACACCUCCAGUGACGAAGAUUUUGUGGAACGAAUCGGUAAUCGUCUAACAGCUAGUUUGGCGCAGUAUGCCCUACCGCAGUUCAUUCGGCUUUGCCCGGAUGUCGACAGAACAGGUGAUUUUUAA